AUGACCAAGACACAGGAACGUCAGAUCUCGGUGGAGGGCUUCGCCCGGUACCUCAACGGGGAGGAGAACAGCAUCAUGCCCCCCGAGAAGCUGGACCAGAGCGAAGACAUGACCCUCCCCCUCUCCAACUAUUUCAUCAACUCCUCACACAACACGUACCUCACAGCCGGCCAGCUGGCGGGGAACUCGUCGGUGGAGAUGUACAAGCAGGUCCUCCUGUCCGGGUGCCGCUGCAUUGAGCUGGACUGCUGGAAGGGUCGCACCACGGAGGAAGAGCCGGUCAUCACUCACGGCUUCACCAUGACAACGGAGAUCUCUUUCAAGGAGGUGAUCGAGGCCAUAGCGGAGUGUGCCUUCAAGACCUCGCCCUUCCCCAUCAUCCUGUCUUUCGAGAACCACGUGGACUCACCGAAGCAGCAGGCUAAGAUGGCAGAGUACUGCCGGUCAAUAUUCGGAGACGCGCUACUGACUGAACCUCUGGAGAAAUAUUCUCUGGAGUCCGGCAUGCCCCUCCCGAGCCCGAUGGAGCUGAUGGGGAAGAUCUUGGUGAAGAACAAGAAGAAACACCACAAGACGGACGGCAGCGCCAAGAAGAAGCUGUCGGAGCAGGUGUCCAACACCUACAGCGACUCCUCCAGCGUGUGCGAGCCGUCCUCCCCCAGCGCAGGGUCGACCAAAGAGGAGAUGGCCGAUUCCUCGCAGCAUCCCGAUGGCGCCGAGCUCAGCCUGAGGCCGCAGGGCAGAAAGUCUAUCGGUGAGGUGGAGGCGGAAAGUGAGGAUGAAGAUGACGACGAUGACGACUGCAAGAAGGGCUCCAUGGAUGAGGGUACAGCGGGCAGUGAGGCGUUCGCCACGGAGGAAAUGUCCAACCUGGUCACCUACAUCCAGCCCGUCAAGUUCAACAGCUUCGAGGCCUCAAAAAAGAUCAAUCGCAGCUACCAGAUGUCGUCCUUCGUGGAGACCAAAGCGUUGGAGCAACUGACCAAAUGUCCCGUGGAGUUUGUGGAGUACAACAAGCUGCAGCUGAGCAGGAUCUACCCCAAAGGCACCCGGGUGGACUCCUCCAACUACAACCCUCAGCUCUUCUGGAACGCCGGCUGUCAGCUGGUGGCGCUCAACUUCCAAACCAUCGACCUGUCCAUGCAGCUGAACCUCGGCAUGUACGAAUACAACGGGAAGUGCGGCUUCAGGCUCAAACCGGAGUUCAUGAGGCGGCCGGACAAACACUUUGACCCGUUCACCGAGAGCACCGUGGACGGCAUCGUGGCCAACACGCUGUCCGUGAAGAUCAUCUCAGGCCAGUUCCUGUCCGAUAAGAAAGUGGGCACGUACGUGGAGAUCGACAUGUUCGGCCUGCCGGUGGACACCAAGAGGAAGGCCUUCAAGACCAAGACGUCUCAAGGCAACGCCAUCAACCCCGUGUGGGAGGAAGAGGCCAUCGUCUUCAAGAAGGUCGUUCUGCCCACACUUGCUUCAUUGAGGAUCGCCGUGUUUGAAGAAGGAGGGAAGUUCAUCGGCCACCGGAUCAUCCCCGUGUCAGCCAUCCGUCCAGGCUACCACUACAUCAGCAUGAGGAACGAGAAGAACCAGUCCCUGACGUUGCCGACUCUGUUCGUGUACGUGGAAGUGAAGGACUACGUCCCGGACACGUUCGCAGACGUCAUCGAAGCCUUAUCCAAUCCCAUCCGCUACGUCAACCUGAUGGAGCAGAGGGCCAAUCAGCUGGCUGCGCUCACUCUGGAGGAGGGAGGAGAGGAGGAGGGUGACAAAGAGGCGGAGGCAGGAAGCGACGCCCCCUCCGAGUCGAAGGUGGACCCGAGGGCGGCGCUGCCCGCGGAGAACGGGCUGAGCUACACGCCCAUCAUCGCCCCGAAACCCCCGUCGCUGGUCGGCCACCAGCCCCCGUCUGCAGGCCCAUUGAAGCCACCAGUGAAGACUGAAGACAUCAUUCAUAGUGUCCUCACCGAGUUGGAGGGUCAGACGGUGGAGGAGCUGAAGCAGCAGAAGGGCUUCGUCCGGGAGCAGAGGAAGCAGUACAAGGAGAUGAAGGAGCUGGUCCGGAAGCACCACCGCAAGACCGGCGAGCAGAUCAAGGAGCACACGGCCCGCGUGUCCGAGCUGCAGGGCCAGCACCAGCGGCGGCGCUCUGCCAUGCAGAAGAGCCACAAACGAGACGGUAAGAAAAGUCGGUCCGAGCACUCCCUGUCGACCCUGGACCAGGAGCUGUGUGACCUGGAUCAGGAGUACGGCCAGAGGCUGGCGGAGCUGAAGGAGCAGCAGCAGCAGCAGCUGCUCACACUUCGCCAGGAACAGUACUACAGCGAGAAGUACCAGAAACGGGAACACAUCAAGCAGCUGGUGGAGAAGCUGACCGCCAUAGCGGAGGAGUGUCAGAGUGCUCAGCUUAAAAAGAUCCGAGACAUCUGUGAGAAAGAAAAGAAGGACCUCAAGAAGAAAAUGGACAAGAAAAGGCAAGAGAAGAUCAACGAAGCCAAGUCCAAAGACAAGAAUGUGACGGAGGAAGAGAAGUUGGAGAUCAACAGAUCGUUUGUCAACGAGGUGGUGCAGUACAUCAAACGGUUGGAAGACGCUCAGAGUAAAAGACAUGAGAGACUACUGGAGAAGCACACGGACAUCCGCCAGCAGAUCUUGGACGAAAGGCCGAAGCUCCAGAGCGACCUGGACCAGGAGUACCAGGACAAGUUUCGCCGGCUACCCGUGGAGAUCCAAGAGUUCGUGCAGGACAGCAGCAAGGCCAGGCUUAGCGACGACGGCGGCGGCGUCCACGGGAACCUCGCCGCCUCCUCCUCGACCGCGGAGAAGCUCAACCACAAGGCGUCGCACUCGGAGGACGACACGGAGGAGGGCUCGUCGGAGCGAGUCUACGACACGCCCCUUUAGAGAUUCGAACCCCCACCCCCACCCCUCCCUCUCGGCGCUUUUCGCUUCGCACCGGGACACUUGAUUGGUGGAUGUGGUUGUGAACCACGGCUCUGGGAUGGAGACCCUAAUUUUAACCAACGGGAGGAUUAGAUCAAAUCUGAGCCUGAACUGGUGAGUAGAGGUCCUCUCUCUCUGCGUAGAGUGCAGUCUUGUCCGGGGAAAGAAAACUAAAAAAAACUAAAACGUUUCAUGUAAAUAGUAACUUUUUUGUGUGUGCGUGUAUUUAUUUGUUACCUUUUAUGUUGUCGUCUCUUUCGGUACGGCCACAGGAUGUGUUACAAAGCACUAACUAUUUGCAGGAAUUAACUUACUUGAACUAUUUGCACAGAGAGAGUAGUUUCUUUUUUUUUUAAAUUUGUUUAAAAUACCAUUUAUACCAUUUAGAUUCACACUCACUUAUUUGCACUCGCCCAAGUAACCAUGUAACUUACUUUUACCCAGAGGCACUGGUGGCUUGCUGGUUCUCCAUGUUGUUCUCACAGAACUAAAGCUGCUAUUUUACUUUUUUUUUU